AUGGCACAGCCCUACGAGUACGACCAACAGUUUGUUCCUCAAGAACAGGAGCUUUAUCAUGAUCAACUGGUGGCUCAACACGCCUCUGAUACUCAGCUACAAAAUCAUGAAAAUCAAUCUCAGCCACAGAUAAAUGGCCACGAACACCACCUACAACAUAUGGAGAAGUCACGAAUGGACGGUGCCGACCAAAAUAUCGAGCAACAGGCAGUAAUAAUAGACAACCAAGAAGAACGAGAAGUGGAAAUGGAAAGGGACGAACAACAAGAUUUAGAAGACGGAGAAGACGAUGAUGAACAGGAAGAAGGAGAAGAUGACGAUGAGGAAGAAGAAGAUGAGGAUGACGAUGAUAUGAAUAAUGCGUUUGCCAAUGUCGGACAGGGGCUUACUGGACAAUAUAAGCAAAUGAUGAUGCAAUAUUGGCAAGAAGUUAUCAACUCUAUCGAAAGAUCAGAUCACGAUUUCAAGAAUCACCAAUUGCCUCUUGCGCGUAUCAAGAAAGUGAUGAAGACUGAUGAAGGAGUGAGGAUGAUUAGUGCCGAGGCCCCAAUUCUAUUUGCUAAAGGAUGUGAUAUUUUCAUUACAGAAUUGACGAUGAGAGCCUGGAUCCAUGCUGAAGAAAAUAAAAGAAGAACUUUACAAAAGAGUGAUAUUAGUGCUGCAUUACAAAAAAGUGACAUGUUUGAUUUUUUGAUUGAUAUUGUUCCAAGAGAUGAAGAGAAGCCAAAGAGACAAAACUCCACUGUUGGAGGAGCUUCCACCAGGGCUGCCAUGUCAAUGCCUAGUGUAUUAGGUGGGGCAGCACACUUGGGAAAUAUCAAUGGAGUAGAUGGACCAGGAGUCGUUGGAUCGGUGUCUGCUGCGGCUUACAACCCAUCUAAUUUUUAUUCAGACAAUAGCUUGAAUAUGGAAGCUGCCCUCACCGAGUCGACGACCUUCAAUGACGAAGGUUCAAAUGCUUUGAAAGCAAACGAUAUCAAUUCAACUCAAUCCAAAUACAACUCUUACCUCCAGCAAUACAACUCUGGAAAUGUGAGCUCUGCAAAUACAUUGAACUCAUUGACCACACAAACACUAAAUGGAAACAACGGAAUUGCCAACAAUUCAACUGAUCAAACAGCACAGUAUUUGGACCAACAGUAUUAUCAGAAUACAGGGAAUAAUAAUGGGAAUAACCCCGGAGUUUACAAUGAUCUUAAUGAAUAUGGCUUCGAGUAA